AUGCCCCGGCCUCCCUCUCUCCCCUCCCCCCAGCCUGCCUGGCCCUCCUCGCACAGCAGCAGCGGGGAAAGACAGGAAAACAAAGCGGGCGGGGGACGUCAGGGAGGCCGGAGGGGCAGUGAGGGAGCGCGGGCGAGCGUGCGGCCAAGUGCAGCAGUCGGGGCCGCGAUCUCGGCGGGCCUCCGCCUUCUCUCCCAGGCACGAUGCUUGCGGGGACGGCUAACGGGAGGGGGGAUCCGGAGGCUGGGCCGCCGCCACCGCGGGGACAGCUGCGGACAGAGUCCCCGGCAAGCCGAGAGAGGCCCGGGACCGCGGCCGAGGACGCCUAGACUGUGGUAUGGAGCGCACCGCGGGGGCUGCUCCUCGGCCGGUGUAGGGCGCCAGAGGCAGCGGCGGUCGAGCAGCACGGAGCCCCCGCCAGAGCUGACCGGCCAGCCUCUCAACCUUGCUGGCUGGAGCCAGGCUGCAGUGGGCCCCUCAGGAUCUGCCCACUGGCCCCCCAACCCCUUCUGGACAGCCGUCUUUGACUACAAGGAGCUGACCCUGGACCAGGGAGAACUAGUGGAGGUGCUGUCCAAGGGCUCCACUAUCUCAGGGGACGAGGGCUGGUGGACAGGGAAGCUCCAGGAGAGAAUGGGGGUCUGACCCAGCAAUUACGUGUCCAGUGACCCUAAGUAUGCCCAGGUCCCCGCCCCCUUUGAAACCCGGGAACUGGAGCUGGAAAAGAUCAUUGGUGUAGGGGGCUUCAGCAAGGUCUACAAGGGGCUGUGGCGAGGAGAAGAGGUAGCCGUGAAGGCUGCCCAUCAGGAGCCAGAGGAGAAGCUCACUGUGACAGUGGAGAACAUGCGCCAGGAGGCCCCGCUGUUUGCCAUGCUGUGCCACCCCAACAUUAUUGUGCUGAAGGCGGUUUGCCUGAGCCCUCCCAACCUCUGCCUGGUGAUGGAGUAUGCCCGCUGAGGGACCCUCAACUAGGCCUUGGCAGGCAAGAAGGUCCCUCCUCACAUCCUGGUCAACUGGGCAGUGCAGAUUGUGCAGGGCAUGAACUAUCUUCACCAGGGAGCCCUGGUUCCCAUCAUCCAUCGGGAUCUCAAGUCCAUCAACAUUCUGAGCUUGGAACACAUCGAUCAUGAGGACUGGAGCCAGCACACCUUCAAGAUCACUGACUUCAGCCUGGCAUGAGAGUGGCACAAAACCACUAAGAUGAGCACAGCUGGCACUUAUGCCUGGAUGUCGCCAGAGGUCAUCAAGCAUUCUGUCUUUUCCAAGAGCAGCUAUGUUUGGAGGUUUAGGGUGCUGCUCUGGGAGCUGCUCGUGGGCAAGGUGCCCUACCGCGAGAUUGGCACCCUUGCAAUGGCCUGUGGCAUGGCCAUGAAUAAGCUGAUGCUGCCCAUCCCCUCCAUGUGUCCUGGACCCUUUGCCCACCUCCUGGAAGAAUGCUGGCACCCAGACCCCCAUGCCCAGCUGGACUUCCUGGGGUAGCUGGUGGCCAUAGAGCAGUCAUCCCUCUUCCAGAUGCCCCGGUCCUUCCAGUCACUGCAGCAGGACUGGAAGAUGGAGAUUGUGGGGCUCUUCCAUGAUCUGAGCACCAAGGAGAAGGUGACCAGGAGCUGGGAGGAGGAGCUGCUGUGGGCCAUGGAGGAGCACCGGACACAGGAGGUGCUGUGCUGGCAGGAGCAGGAGCUGGCCGAGUGCAAGAUUGCUAUGGUGGAGCAGGAGCUGAGCCUCCUGAUGCUGCAGCUGGGCCAAGAGAAGCGGAUCAAGAGGCAGAAGGGGCACUUCCAGCGCUCCCACCUCCAGCUGUGAGAUGCGAACCACAUCAGCCUCCCUUCAGGCUUUGAGCACAAGAUCACAGUGCAGCCGGCCCCCAGCCUCGAUUGGUAGAAAGGGCUAGCCUCCCCCAGCCCCCCAGGGAGGCCUGGCCUCAUCCCACACCUGUGGGCCAUUCGCUUGACCCCCUUGGACGGAAACCAGAUGUGGGGCCGAAGCAGCUUGGCCAAGGAGGAGGAGCCAGUGGGGUCGAAGAAGAAAGGGCAGACGGGGGGGCCAAGCUCCACAGUCCACAAACAGAGACUCGGUGGGGAGGACAGAUAUGGGUCCCUGGCCCAAGGCAAUAAACAGUGGUCAUCCAGCACACCCAACUUGGGCAAUUCCCCCAAGCACGUGCCCCUGGCAGUGGGCUUUGCCAGCCUCGUGGGAAUGCUAGGCUGCUCCUGUGUUCCCUCUACCCCAAGAGCUGGGCUGGAGGAUGUGGCAGGCAGAGCCACCUUCUGCACCCCUUUCCCCAGCAGCCGAGAGCUGGUCCCUCAGGCGCAGAUUUCUGGGCAUAAGCAGGGUGCCUCGGAAUGGCUGCAUGGUCCUUUUGCAGCCCUUAAUUUAAGGGCCUGGGAUAGUUGCCAUGGAUUUGGUCCCGCACUUCUUUGCAGUUCUCCUGUCCCUGUUGGACUGUCCAAGAAUGGAGGUCCAAGUUGGAGCUACUCCCUGGGGAGCUGUGCCGGUCGUGCCACAAGAUCUGCCUUCCUUUUCCUUUGCCUCCCUCAGAAGAGCUCACCGAGAAGGAUGGCAAAUUCCAGCCAUGACCAGCCACUCUCGCUCCUGGGACCCUGGCUGCAGCUGCUGCCAUCCAUUGCUGAGGAACCCAAGCAGGCUUCAGCCACUGGGCAUCGUGGCUGCCACAGUGACCUCGGCCUGCUGGGCUGCACAGUGAUUUUGGCUUCUGUCGUGCUGGGCAUGGAGCUGGCCGAACUGGCAGGCGAUGGGCUGAGGCUGCCCCCACCUCCUGGGCCACCCAGCAGCAUCACCCUACUGCCCCUUUCCGACUGCAACUCCACCAAAUUGCUUCUGCCCUCUGACAUGGAAGAUGCCCCCCUGGACGAGCAGCCCUCACCCACAGAAAGCCCCGCCUGCCUUCCCUAGUGGAGUCCCCUGGUGGGCAUGGUGGUGGAGAGCUUCAAGAAGGACCCCUACCAGCCACUCGCCCCCACCCACAUGAGUGCCACACAGGCCCUCAGCCAAGCGUACCGCUGGACACCAUCUGAGGGAGCCUCCCAGCAGGGUCCUGGCCAUACAGGUGGGCAUCAACUGCAGGCAGGGUGCAGGCUAAAAGGACACGAGGCUGAUGACCGAAUCCUGAGGGCAACCCUCUCCCCAGGAACUCUCGAGUCCCGCCAGACCCUUCUGGACAUGGAUGUGGGUGGGCAGCCUCAGGACAGCAUGGUGGCCCUUUGUCAGGCUCAGCCAUGUCUGUGCAGCCUGCAGGCUGACAUUUCUCCCUGACCCACAGCCUCACUGGCCCCAGGAGGACCCUUUGCACCCCAGGAUAUCCUUGGGAGGCUGAGGGAAUGGGCUGGCUUUGGGAUCCAAGGUCCCUGAGGGGAUGCUGGGCUGACCGACCAACUGGAGGCUGCUGGAUUUUUGGGCUUCAUGAGCUGAGCUUCUGUGAUUGGUUGUUUUUAGAGAAAAGGUGUGUUUGAGAGGAGGACAGUGCCUGCCUGACAUGCUUUUGCUGGGUUCCGGCCUCAUUUAAGAAGGGGCAAAUGCCAUUAUGCGAUGGUACCUUUGCCCUUGCUCUGAACAGCAGUAUCAGUAUUACAUGAUCUUCCUACAGGCUUCAGCCUCCAACAGCCCUGCAGGAUAGG